AUGUCGGAUAUUCUCAUGGCAUACGGUUAUUCAACAAUAGUUUCAAGUACUCGACAGAAUGAAAAUGAACAAGUGCAAGCUAUCGCAGUUAUAGGAUUAUCUAAGUUAAUGCUUUCUAAAACGUUGCGUGACAAAUAUGUCUUAAAAGAACUUGUAUUAUUAUACUUUGAUAGUGAUACUGUAUCAAAUCUUCGUUUGAGACAAUGCUUGAGCUAUUUCUUUCCAGUAUUUUGCCAUUCUUCGUUUGAGAAUCAAACUUUAAUGCAAGAGAUAUUCCUCCCAACCCUCAUCGAAUUAUUGAAAGAAUACAAAUAUGUUGACAAGAAUGACAAUACGGUGCCGCCUUUACAGAUUGCACAACAAUUGGUGGAUUGGACUAACCCAUUCAAAGUUGUUAAAUCAGAGCAAACUGAAGAUACAAUUGAUUAUGGAUCGCAUGCUGAACUUGCAAUUUCUGUUAUAAGGGAACUUUUCUCCGAAACUGACAAGGAUAUAAGGAAAUUGUUCUGCCAAGUUCUAAAUAAAUUCCAGAUUGAUGAAUCUGCUGGUGUUGUGCGGUUUAAGAAGCUUACUUUUCUUGUUGGCAAUUUGAAAACAAAGCGUCCUUUGAUAGAUUCAGUAGCCAGAAAUGCAUUAAAUAAAUUUGAGAAUGCCUUACUCAAUUAUUUCGACGAUGCACCUGAUGCCUUAGACGAUAACGAACUUGAACAAUUAAAGGACAUUGUUGAAUUUGUUGAUAAUCUUGAAGAACUUCCAUCAAGAGCUUUACGGUCGCGGAGAUCAAAAGAGAAUGCGAUUUCGCAUUUAAGGAGCUAUUCAGAAUAUAGUAGUAGUUAA